AUGAGCUCUGUGUCGAGUCAAAUGCCAAUCAUUUUAUGUUGCAUAUGCGCAACGCCCAUCGUAGCAAAUGCUGCCAAUACGUGUGUGAGCUGUCUUAAGUCUCAGGUUGACGUUACCGAAGGAAUUCCCAAGGAAGUGAUUAUCCAUCAGUGCCGUGGCUGCAUGCGCUGGUUGCGCCCGCCUUGGGUAACCGCUGAUCUCGAGUCACGCGAGCUACUCGCCAUGUGUCUAAAGAAAAUCAAUAACUUGAAUCGCAUUAAACUAAUUGAUGCCAAUUGGGUCUGGACGGAACCUCACUCGCGACGCCUUAAGCUUAAGCUUACGGUGCAGAAGGAGGUCAUGAGCAAAAUGAUUAUGCAACAGUCGUUCGUCGUAACCUUUGUCGUGCGUAAUCAGCAGUGUGACACAUGUCAGGCUUCGUUUGCUAACCAGUCGUGGCGUGCAGUGGUGCAAGCGCGCCAACGUGUGGAUCACAAGCGCACGUUCUUCUUCUUGGAGCAACUUAUCCUCAAGCACCGCGCUCACGAAAAGACCACGAACAUUGAGUCCCAACCAGAUGGUGUCGACUUUUUCUUUUCGGAGCGUAAUCAUGCGCUGCGUUUUGUGGAUUUCUUGCAGGAGUCUAUACCGAUGAAAUUGAAGACUGCAAAAAAGCUGAUUUCCGCUGACAACCACAGCAACACGCACAACUAUAAGUUUACAUACGCAGUGGAGAUUGUACCGGUAUGCAAAGACGACUUGGUUGUGCUACCAAUAAAGCUGGCCCGUAUGCUGGGCAACAUGUCCUGCUUGUGCCUCGUGCAGUCCGUUACUUCCUCAAUCCAUGUAAUCGACCCGUUCACUACCCAAGUGGCGGAGAUCGAUUCUGAAAAGUAUUGGCGUUAUCCGUUCCGAGGGUUGCGGUCUACCAAGACCAUGACAGACUUCACGGUCCUGAACACGACUCCGAUGGCAAUUCCUACUCGUGGUGGCCGUCCGAUCCGAGUGACUCGGAAGACCCGACUUGCUGAAAUGGAGAUUGUGCGUAAUGCUGAUUUCGGCGUAAACGACACACGACUCAGCACUCUGAGCCAUCUGGGCAUGAUUUUGCAUGUUGGUGAUUUUGUUCGUGGCUACGACCUUUCAUCUGCUGUGUUUAAUGACUCCGACUUGGCUCCGCUCGCUCAAUCGGGAAUGUCAUUGCCAGAUGUUGUACUUGUGAAGAAGACAUUUCCACGUCGGACUCAAAAGCGCGCACGCAACUGGAAGCUGAAGAAGAUGGAAGGUGUGAACCAGGUUGAUUCCGUUUGCAAAACUGAUCUUUUGAAGGUGGAGCAGGACUAUGAGCAGUUUUUGGAUGAUUUGGAGGAAGAUAAGGAAAUGCGUUCCCAGAUUAACCUGUAUAAAGAUGAGACCAAGCAGACCACGGAAACCAACGCUAUGGAGGAGGACGAUGUAGCUGCCCCGACUGUGGAAUUGCACGAGCUGCUUGACGACAUGACCAUGAAGGAGGAUCAAUGGACGUCGCAAGUUAUCUCUGAGACUGAAGCAAAGCAGACUUUAACUUGGGAGUUGGAGGAGUUGUAA